GCUCCCUGGGGCCUGACUUCCGGUUUGCUGGCGUGGCCCCGGCGCCGAACAAGGACCGCGGCAGCCCCCUUCCGGCCGGGUGCUGCUCGCCACCAGCCCCUCUCGGCCGCGUUUCCCUGCCGCGGGGCGGCCCGAGUGGGUGCUGAGGGGGCCGGGCGCCAGCGGUCCUGGGCCUCGCGCGCGUGUUGCUGGGUAACGGGCCUGCUCCCGGCGGCGCCUCGGCCCCUCCUGCGCCGGCUUGCCACUCCUUCCCGAUCCUCCGGGCCCCCGCCCACUGGUCGGCCCUGGUGCAGCGGAGGCCAAAGCAAUGGGAACCCCUCCGCGGUGUACCCGGAGCGGCGGCCUUCGCCGGGGAAGCGGCGGUGUCUUCGAGGAAACCGGAAGCCCGUGGUGACCCCUGGUGACCCGUUUCCGAACGCUGGGGAAUCGAAACUCCGCGGCCCUACGUAGCCGGCCUUAGGGCUGUCAUGGAUACACUGGUAGAAGAUGAUAUCUGCAUUCUAAAUCAUGAAAAAGCCCAUAGAAGAGAAACAGUGACUCCGGUCUCAAUAUAUUCAGAUGAGUCUGUUGCUUCACAUUUUGCCCUUGUCACUGCAUAUGAAGACAUCAAAAAACGACUCAAGGAUUCAGAAAAAGAGAACUCUUUCCUAAAGAAAAGAAUAAGAUUUUUGGAAGAAAAGCUUACAGGAGCUUUAUUAGAUGAAGAAACAAGUUCUGUGGGACGAGAACAAGUAAAUAAGGCCUAUCAUGCAUAUCGAGAGGUUUGCAUUGAUAGAGAUAAUUUAAAGAGCAAAUUGGAUAAAAUGAAUAAAGACAACUCUGAAUCUUUGAAAGUAUUGAAUGAACAGCUGCAGUCUAAAGAAGUAGAACUCCUCCAGCUAAGAACAGAGGUGGAAACUCAGCAGGUGAUAAGGAAUUUAAAUCCACCUUCAUCAAACUGGGAGGUGGAAAAGUUGAGUUGUGACCUGAAGAUCCAUGGCUUGGAGCAAGAACUAGAACUGAUGAAGAAAGAAUGUAACAAUCUCAGAAUAGAGCUACAAAAAGCCAAACAAACGGAUCCAUCUCAGGAAGACGAUCUGCAGAGCAGAGAUCUCCAAAGACUAAGCAUUUCAAGUGAUGAUGUGCAAAAUGUAUACUGGGAGCUGAAGAGAGAAAUGUCUAAUUUACAUCUGGUGACUCAAGUACAAGUUGAACUACUAAGAAAACUGAAAACCCCAACUGCGAUCAAGAAAGCCUGCACUCCUGUAGGAUUCAUGGAAGACUUUGGGAAAGAAAGCACAAAACUGCACUUGACGAAUUUCACUGCAACAUACAAAAGACACCCCCCUCUCUCACCAAACGGCAAAACUCUUUGUCAUACCACAUCGUCCCCUUUACCAGGAGAUGUAAAGAUUUUAUCAGAGAAAGCAAUUCUCCAAUCAUGGACCGAUAACGAGAGACCCAUUCCUCAUGACUGUUCAAACUUUCAGGAACACUACUCGUAUGGCAGAAAUUCUCUGGAAGACAAUUCUUGGGUACUCCCAAGCCCUCCUAAAUCAAGUGAAACAGCAUUUGGGGAAACUAAAAAUAAAACUUUGCCUUUACCCAUCCUGCCACCCCCACAUAACUUGGAUCAACGUAAUCAAAACUGCCUUUAUAAGAAUUAAUUCUGAAGAAAUCUGUGACUUGGUCAUGAGGUUGCUAUACCUCCCGCAAGUAUUCUUGAGAAAUUAUUUAAUAAACUGAAAGCAGGUUUUGAAUAAACUUUUGCAAAGUUCUUCAAUGUACACAUUUGCACAUACUGUAACGUUAUUAUGUAGUUGAUUUUCCAGUAUGAGAGCAACCCUCCAGCUUCACAUUCUGGCUAAAAAUCAGAUAUAUACUACUAAUAAAUUAAUAAACUUGAGGUGUUUCAAAAAGACA